AUGGCUAGGCAUAGUAAAAAUAAUACAGCCAAUCCUAUAUUUACAUACCACGAGAGAAAAAAAGUUAAAGAUGUAGGAACAAUAAGAGAACGACUAGGAAAAGAUUCCAUGAGAAAAUUUGAACAGUGUUGGAUAUGUUUAAGGACAGCAGAAAGUCCAGUUAGUUCCCCUUAUGGUCAUAUAUUUUGUAAAAUAUGUAUAAUUAAUAAUUUUUUAAAUCAAAAAAAAAUAUAUGCUCGGAAAAAAAAAGAAUAUGAAGAUUAUAUAAAAGAUUUGAAAAAAAAAAAGAAAGAGGAACUUUUGCAAGAAAAGGAAAAAGAGAAAAAGAAGUUUGUCCAAGAUUUGGAAAAUUUAAACACAGUAAAUGUUCAGAAGGAAGAAGAAAAAAACUUGUUAGAUAUAUCAAAUAAUUUCUGGCUCUCUUGUAAUACUUCCAAAGUAAAAAAAGAUACUAUUCAGAAGAAGUUAAAACCUCCAUCUAAAAAUUUAAUAUGUCCAAUUACCAAAAAACCAUUAAAAAUGAGUGAACUUAUAACAAUAAAUCCUGAGGUGAUAAAAAAUGGGGACUCGGAAAAUGGAGGUUGGGUAUGCUCAUUUUCAAAAAAAAAUAUUGAUCAUCAUAAAGCUGUGCUCUUAAAAAAAACGGGGAAAAUUAUAUUAAAGUCAUUUUUUGAAAAUUUUAUAUAUGGAAAAAAGAAUUCAUAUGAUAUUACUGUGGGUGAGGAUGAUUUUAUUAACUUAGAAGCAGGAGGCACAGCUUUCUGUUCACAUAGUAAUGUUGAAAAGACGUUAUAUAGGGAAUCAUUACUUUGA